AUGCUAUAUUAUCAUGAUGGAAAGAUGCGUUGUCAUCAACAAAUGAUACAUGUGAUGAAAGUUUUAGUACAUAAAGCACUUCUUCCUAUUUUACAUGAUGUCAUAAUACAUCUUUUAACUAAUAUUCAACAAUCACAUGAUAGAGUCGAUAUGACAUUGGUUUCUCUUACAUCAGAUUAUCUCUAUUUACUUAUGUAUAUCGUUGAAAAUGAAUCAAAUGAAUUUUAUCAAUAUUUAAUUGAACGUUGUUUAAAAUAUUUAACAAAAACAAAUGCAUAUACAUCAUGUUUAUUUAUACUUGAAAGUCAUGAAGAUGAUUUAAAUAAAUCUUUAAUAAUAAUUUUAAAACAAACAAUGUUAUCAUUAUUAUUUAAAGAUGAUAUAUUAGAUAUAAAUCAUAAUUUAACUCAACAAAUAAUAUUUAUUGGUUUUUAA